AUGUUGUCUGACCCUCAUCAAGACAGUGUCACCUCCCAUCACCCCAACUACCAUGAUGGAGCAGCAGAUAACCCGGAUGAAUGUGUCAUAGAUGUGUACUCGUGGGGCACUACACCUGAAAGUCAUAAGGCAGUUUGCCCAGGGCCCACAGGGUAUGGGCAAGGUGCACCUGCAUACACAUGUGGGUGUUACAAGUCGCCUGAACCUCCUUCAGACCUGGAGCAACAUCAAGAUGAGGGGGAGACCGAUCAGAGGAGUUUUGGACUUGAUAUUACAAAUGCACAGUGCACAGCACCAAUGCCUGCCACUGAAAUCCUGCUACGGAAACGUAGGAAGCUAGGAAGGGGAGUUGAAGGCAUGGGGGGUUCAGUACAGUCCCUUAAAGUCCUCAUGAAGGUUGCAGAAGCCAUUGAGAAACAGACAACAGUUCUUCAGCAGAUCUGCAAUGCAGUGAAAAGCAUAGAAUUCGAAGACUAG